AGGCUGAAGGCUGCCCCCCCCCCCCAGGAUGUAUCCGCGGGAGGCGGGCGAGCCUGCACGGUCAUUCUUGGGAAGGUGACAUCAGUGGGGCUGGCUCGGAGGCGCUGGGUGGGAGGCAGGGCGCAGCCGGCUGACAGGUCGCUGGAGCCGCCUGGGGAGGAGGAGAAGGCAGGCGGCUUGCAAAAGGGGCUGCCACCGGCAGCCGUCACCGAGAUGCUGCUUCGCAAGGCCAAGCAAUGCCGGUGCAGAUGCUUUUGGCAGCUCUGAUGCAACACGGAUCUUGGUGACCACAAUGUAAAUGUGAAUUUCCGCAGAGUCUCACAAGUCCUAUAAAAUGGAGGAGCUGUACAAGGACACUCAAAAUCUGCCCCUGGACGUUACCAACUCUCCUUCCACCAUCACUAACAAUAAGCUAGAAAAUGGUGUCGCUCAGCUGAUAACAGCUGAAGCCUGGAAUAUCAACUCCACAGACUUGAUGAAGAAAGCACUUUCACCACUUGUGACUGUCCCAGCCCCUUCGAUCCUCGCCCCGCCAGCGGAAUCCCAAAGCGGGGUAGCUCUGAAAGUAGCAGCCACAGUGCUUCAGCCAAUUUGCUUAGGGGACAGCCCAGUGGUUCUUCCAAUACACCUGCAAGUGGCAGGGAGUGCCACUCCUCAGAUUGCACCGAAUAACACCACGCCGUAUGUUAUGACCACUCAAGGGCCAGUUCCAUUGCCUGUCCUCUUAGAGCAACAUGUGUUUCAGCAUCUAAAUUCUCCACUGGUGUUACCGCAAGGUGCUCCCUGCUCUACAAAUCACCUUCACAACAAUCUUUUCCAGGGUUCGUCUGCCCCGGUUGGACAGCCCCAGUUACUGGAUCAGAAACCAUCCAACGCGACCCAGGAUACCAUUUUGCCCCCAGUGUUUCAGACUCCAGGAUUUGCUGCAGUUCUUCAAGAUUUGUUUCCUCCACAAGGUACCUUAGGGUCAUCACCCUGUCAGCCACCCCCAGAUUACUCCUCUAUUCCACCCCAGGCCUUCAGUUCCCCUCUAUCGCCACUAGUGCCCCCAGCCACUCUCCUAGUGCCAUAUCCUGUGAUUGUUCCCUUGCCAGUCCCAGUGCCCAUCCCUAUCCCCAUCCCCAUUCCCGUGCCUCAUGGCACUGAAUCCAAGGUCAACCCUGACUACCCCAAGCCACCGUCAUUUACCCUGUAUUCCUGCAAAGGCACCCAAACACCAGUGGAGAAAGAAGAAUCCAAACCCUUUGAUUUCAUCCACUCAAGGGAAUUUUCCCAGCUGAAUCGUCACACCGUCAUCAAGAUGAGCAAUGAGAACGAGGCCCUGGACCUCUCUAUGAAAACGGUGCCUUUACUAAAGGCAAGUGAGGUCAGUUCCCAGCUCUCCCCGGAAGAUGGUGCUUUAGACUUGUCGAUUGCUUCCUGUAGGAAGUCAGGAAGCCAUGCUGAGGCAGCUAGUACCAUUUGUUCUGGAUCCAUGAUGGACAGUGCUGCUCAUUCCAUGAUGGAUAAACUCUCCAGUGCAGCUUCCCCCUUUGCCCCUCCCAAACUUCACGAAGCCUCAGCCAAGGUCGACAGCAGAGUGACCGGCAGCAACUCGGCCGAGCUCCUGAGACAGCAGCAAAAGUGGCUGGUGGAUCAGACUAGCAGAGCAGCCUGUGAGCCCAAGGCCGGGAAUAAUAUUGAGAUUGUGAGCACUUCACAGACUGCCAAAGUAAUAGUCUCUGUCAAAGAUGCUGUGCCCACUAUUUUUUGUGGCAAGAUUAAAGGCCUCUCGGGAGUAUCCACCAAAAACUUCUCCUUCAAAAGGGACAUGCCCCAGGACUCUGUACUGCAGUGUUAUGAUGUGAAGAGCCAGCCAGAGCCUAGGGAUAAUGCAGAAGCUCUUAGGAAACCAAUCAAAAACAGGAGUGUAAAGUUAAAGAAAAUGAACUCCCAGGAGAUACACAUUCUUCCAAUAAAAAAGCAACGGCUUGCGGCCUUCUUUCCAAGAAAGUAAAUUAUGGGUUUUUAGAAUUUUAAGAUAUAAUAAUUAUUAUGAAAAAUAAAAAAUGCACUUGGUUUAAAAUGCAUUUUGAACUAUCUUUGUAAGUUAUUUUGGGGAAAGUGGGAGAGGAUUGGCUGUAGAUUUCCUGUAAAAUUGGGGGGGAGGGGCAUUCUUUUGUUUGUUUUUCAUGAUUGAUUUUUGUCUUUUCAUGAAAAAGUAAAUAAAAAGCAAUCUAUUUUUCAAGCAGAUUGCACAUUUUUGCAGCUUUAAUGGAAUAAUGGAUGAGUCAGAGGGGUAAGAGCUAUUUUCACUGCCAUGAAGUGCUUUGAUGAUGUAAUUCUUAAUAGUGAAUACAAUGGAAAAUUCAAAAUAAAUGUUUGUAUGUGGUAA